AUGGAUAAACAGGACCGUCCUUGCAAAUGCCAUGAGCCAGGCAGCAAUAAGGAUCAGGGAUUCACCUACUCAGUUGGUAUCGUUCGCCACCAACGCAAAGUACACAAGAAGAACACCGACGCUAAGAAGCCGCUCAUGUGCCCUUAUGCCGAUUGCAAGCGCGGCACUGGAAACGGGUCUACGCGUCAGGAGAAUCUUCGAGCGCAUUUGCGCCGUUGUCACAUGCACACCGAUGACAAUGGUAGGGGUUUGAUGGUAGAGGGCAUCCGUGCCAACUUAUUUCCCGCAACCGGUAUGAAGCGCCGACUCGACUCUCCCAAUGAAGAGCAACAGCUGCCUGAAGAGGAGAGCGGAGACCUGCACAAUGAAGUGAAGCGACUGCGCCGCGAAGUUCAGGAGAAGAAUCGCCGCCUCGAAGAGCUGGAUCGCAUUGUGGCGGGAAGUCAGUAA